CCCCCCAUGAGACUCUGCCUGGCCUGGCUGGGCUUGUACACCUUGUCCUUGUGGGCGCUCAGGAAGAGGAUGUGGGCCGGCCCUGCCAGGUACCUCCGGAGCCCUUUAUCCAGGUCCCUCUACGCCAACAUGAUGGGCAGCCACGGGCAGGCGGAGCCGGGCAUCAAGGAGAACCACCAGUGGUACUUGUGCAAUACGGAGCAGCUGUGUGAAUCCCUUCAGCCGGUCUUUGUCCAGAGUUACCUCGACCAAGGAACACAGAUCUUCUUAAACAACAGCAUUGAGAAAUCCGGCUGGCUGUUCAUUCAGCUUUACCACUCCUUCGUGUCCUCCGUUUUUAGCCUGUUUAUGUCUAGGACAUCAAUCAACGGGUUGCUGGGAAGAGGUUCGAUGUUUGUCUUCUCGCCGGAGCAAUUUCAGAGACUGCUUAAAAUAAACCCGGACUGGAAGUCCCGUCGGCUUCUCGAUUUAGGAGCCGGGGACGGGGAGGUGACAAAAGUCAUGAGCCCCCACUUUGAAGAAACCUAUGCCACCGAAUUGUCUGAAACCAUGAUAUGGCAGCUGCAGAAAAAGAAAUACAGAGUGCUGGGCAUCAACGAAUGGCAGAACACGGGAUUCCAGUACGACGUCAUCAGCUGCUUGAACCUGCUCGAUCGCUGCGAUCAGCCAUUGACUGUAUUAAAAGAUAUUAGGAGCGUUCUGGAGCCUACGAGAGGCAGGGUCAUCCUCGCCCUGGUUCUUCCCUUCCAUCCGUAUGUGGAAAAUGUAGGUGGCAAAUGGGACAAGCCUUCCGAAGUGCUGGAAAUCAAAGGACAGACGUGGGAGGAGCAAGUGAACAGCCUGCCGGAGGUCUUCAAGAAAGCCGGCUUCGCCAUCGAGGCGUUCACCAGACUGCCGUACUUGUGCGAGGGGGACAUGUACAAUGACUUCUACGUCUUGGACGACGCCGUCUUUGUCCUCAAGCCCGUGUGA